GGUUAAACUUGGUUGACACCUACUGUCUACUUGCAAUAAUCUCCACGUAUGAAUCCGAUCAUGACAUUUUGCAGCCGAGUGAAGUGCCCGGUGAAGAUCGUGUAAACCGUGAGAGGAAGCUGAGAGGGUGCGUGAGAGGAAAAUAUUGCAGCUACUACCGUAGCUGGCGAUGACGAGGGAAAAUUCAGUGAACCUGGCGCCGCCCAAUAAUAACUCUCCGCUCUUAGCCUCAUCUCGUAGACCCUCUCCCCAAAUAAUGCUCGGAGAUCAAACGUCCCCUCCCGGCGAUACCGUCUCCGCUCCUCCGGAAACCGGAUCCAGUCUGUCCUCGCCGCCGCCGCCACACCCGCCUCCUCCUUCAUUCGAUCCGAGUCGAAUGAUCGGUAUAAUCAAGAGGAAGGCUUUGAUAAAAGAGCUGGCGGCUGUCUACCACGCUGAGUGCCUCGCUUAUUGCCAGGAGCUACUAGAACUACAGAAGAAGUCGGAAGAGCCAUUUCUGGAUUCAAAGCCUCCUGAAGAUUCUAGGAAGGAGAAAACAAGACCCACCAAAUGCUCCAAGAAGGGUCGGUAGUAUUUGUGUUAUAGCUGCUCGGCCACAAGUGUGUAACCCUGGAAUCAGCCUGCCAUCUUUUGCGAAUUGUUUUAUGGAAGCCCUUUUAAACCUAGUGCUGCUGUCAAAUUGGAUGGAUGUGUGCAUCUGCAUACAUCUCUCUGUGUAACUUCUCAUUACAGUAAGACGUGAUCUAGUGGCGGUGAAUGUGGUUAAAUUGCAACUGUGUUUUGCGAGUUGGUAGAGUUGCAGAGAAGGGACAACUUCAACCUUUGAUUGGUAUUCGCAUAUAUGACGAGAUGGUCCUCGUUUUGGAGUCGAGAGAUAGUAAAGCUAAUAUAGAACGAACCGUCGAGAACUUUUUGGCUGUGAGGUCGACUCAACACAGGUCGCUGCUGGAAGCUGCUACUAUGUUCUAUCCUUUGGUCCGUAAUGUAAUUCAUAUUGAAAAGAAAGAGUAUAUAUUGUAAGCAAUGAACUUCUGGCUUUGUGCAGCACUUUUUAAUUUCCAGAGAAAAUUGUCUGCUGUUGUUACAUCUUAUCUAUUGUCA